UACAACAUAGUGUUCAGUUCCUCUAGUCUUAGUUGGACAUGAAAAAUCAGAAACCAACUUUGUAGAAUUUUACUUGUCACACCUUUUGUUUCUACCAGUUUUUUCUAUUUGGAAGAAUUUGACAAUUUUUUUUUUGUUGAUGCCAUUUUUCUCUUCAAAAUGAAAAACAGUUCUUCAAACAACUCGAACGCGGAGCAUCGAUUCUCACGUGUUCCAACAGAAGAAACUGAUCAGGACUCUGAAGACACUCUAUGUGGAGUCGGCACCUGUACACCAGGGUGGCUCCAGCGUUUUGCUGAUCCAAAAAUUUACCUGUUAAACUUUUGUGCCUUGGGGGUUAUCCAAGGAGCCUAUUUCACUUAUUUCAUUGGUGUCGUGUCCACUUUAGAAAAGAGGUUUGCAUUUGAGAGUAAAAUCAGCGGGAUAAUAAUGAUUGCUGACAACCUUAGCCCUAUUCUUACAAGUAUUCUUAUUGGUUACUAUGGCAGUUCUGGUCAUAGACCAAGGUGGGUAGCAGGGGGUAUGAUCAUAGUUGUGAUUAGUUGUCUGGUGAGUGCUCUACCUUACUUCAUUUUCGGACCAGCUCUGCACCUUCUCAGCAAGACCUCCGACAUUGUUAAUGGGACUCAACACGAGUUUUGCGACCGUGUGGGAAAUGACACCAACUGUGAUACUGAACAUUUGUCGUCCACGUUCCCUGCAGUGUCCAUUUUUUUCAUCGGCAACUUCCUGAAUGGAUUUGGAUCAAAUGCUUUUUAUACCCUCGGAACACCGUAUUUAGAUGACAACGUAAAGAAAAAGGAUUCUCCGCUCUACUUCA